AUGCGUCUCAGUCCCCACGUCCCUUUACUGCUCGGGAUUUUGUCUCUUGGAACUGCGACAUAUACCGCGAGCCAUCAGGCCAAUGAAACUAUUUUAGAGAAGCAACUCGAUGUUUUUGAAUGUCGGUGCGGCGCUUCGGAGUUUCUAACUCUACCCCAUGCCAAUAUCACCACCUCGGAAGAGGCGUUGAAGUGCUCUGAGUACAAAUUGAUCGAUGCACGCGGCACCGCAGAGCCGCAGGGUAUCUCAACCAUGUUCCACAUCAUGAUUAGCAACAUCCUUGCAAAUACAACCGGUGGAGUCAGCCUGCCUGUUCAAUACCCAGCAGGUCCAGAUCAAAACACGACAAAUGGUGAGAAUUUUGUGUCGAAAGUCAUCCAUGAAGGACUUCAUCGUUGCCCUGGUCAAAAGUAUGCUCUUUUCGGCUACUCUCAAGGAGCUACCCUCAUGCUCAAGGUACUCAAUCGUCUUGAUAGGGACGCUAUCAAGAUGGUGAAAUCCGUGAUUCUUGUCGGAAAUCCUUAUCGUCUCCCUGGAAAAAUGUCAAAUGUGAAUGAAAAAGGCCUUAAAGAUCACAGCCAAUCGGUUGGUAUGUUCACUGCUGCCGCCAGUCGUCAGAAUAGCAGCGCGAGCAACAUCAUUCCACAGCUUUCUGAUCAGUUGGAUAAAAGUGGAAAAGUACUGGACUAUUGUCUCGCUGGUGAUGGGGUGUGCUCAUACAAUCCCGCGUGUCCCUGUCAGCUGCCCGCUGGCCAUCUCUCUUACGGACUCACUGAAACGGUACAAAGCUCAGCUUUUGAGCACGUUGUCUCUCGGCUCGGCGGUAAUGCCAACUAG